AUGCCACCAUCAGCGGGUGAAGAGCGACUUGUGACUGUUUUUGCAGAUAUCCACUACUACUUCACAGAGCCAACCCGAAGACCUUUACCAUAUCACCACCGUUUUGAUAAAGGCUCCUAUGUUUAUGUUUAUCAUGACGCCUUUCAGAACAAAGCUCGUAUAGAAAUUGCCAACAAUCCUGGAUCUCCAGAGCAGGAUGCAUUCUGUGGAGGCUUGAACAAUGUCCACAUACGGCACUCCGCUCAGUUCCCGACACUUUGUACAUUAACAGUUGAUGCACACACAACCUCGCCCCAGCAGCAACAUGCAAAUGAUGCCCAUCAACAUGAGUGGCGUCUGCCUAGCGGCGACCCACGAGAUGACCCAAAGGAAUUACGCGAUUUCGCUCGCCUGCAUACAUUGGAUAUCUACUUCUGGACUCAAGAAGAUGCAAACGACUUUCUGGACACUGUCGUCCGGCUUCUGUCCAAUGCCCAGGUUGAGACAGACCGAGAACCAGCUCCGCAACCACAGGACACCAUGAGCUCUGUAGUCCAGCAACUCGAAACUGUUGCAGUCUCCGAUCCGGCCUACCAGAACGGUCAAACACGCAACUCACGAUCCGAGCCCACAACCACAGCGGCACCAGCACAACAGGCGCCUCCACCAACCAGCAGCUUCCCCCCACCUCCUCCAAGCGGACCUCCGGCUGACCAAAGAUUAAGCGCUGGGUCUACUCCCGCCGAGGAAAAGAAAGACCAAGCUAGCUUCGCCCCGCUCCCAUACAAUCCGGCUGCUCCAGCCGCCCCGGAGCCAAUCCAAUACCGUGAGAAGACCCCGCCGCCAGAGGACGGGAUGAACGGCACCGGCCUUGCAGCCGCAGUGGCAGCAGACAGCGGCAUUCCAUAUACGCCACCGAACCAAAUGAUGGGGCCUGUACCAGGCGUGGGCGGAUUCGCAUCCCCACCCCCCUCAACCCCAGGUUUGCAAUACGCAGGCCCUCCGGUCUCGGCACCGCCAGCCUUCGCCUCCCCUCCACCUAGUGUGGGACUGCAGCAUUCAAACACUUUCCCCACUGCUCGAUCUUCGCUUCACAGCCCUGGAGCGCCUGUCCCUUCAUACCACUUCAUCGGCGGACAGGGAGCUCAACAGUACGCCAGUGCAAGCCAGCAAGGUUCAAUGUCCUUCGCGCCGCCGCCACAGGAUCCAAAUGCCCAUCUGUAUGACCAGCAGGUCUAUGGGACUGCCCAGGCCCAGUCGCCGCCUCAGUAUCAGUCUGGAGCGGCGGUGCCGGUAGGCGGGUUCUCGAACUACUCCUAUGAUAAGACCCAGGCCCAGCAGCAGCCGCAGCAACACCAGCGUUCUGGCUCUGAAUAUGAUAUCCAUAGCCAGUUGUACAGACCCACUGAAGCGGAGGCUGGCUCCCACUAUCAGAAAUAUGCACAAAAGGCUAUGAAGAAUCCUGGACAGCGGCCUAGGAAAUUGGAGGAUAGAGCAGAGCGAUUGGAAGGCGGUAUGAACAGGUUCCUGAAGAAGCUUGAGAGGAAACUUUGA